AUGGGUCUCAUGUCCAAAGCACGCGGUUUGGGUUUGGGAGUUAUUAUCUGGACUCUGGCAAUUCCCAUCUUCCUCUUCACAAUCUUCCCGCUCGUCUCUUCCACCUCAACUGGCACUAGCGGCAUCUACUUGCUCACCUACAAAUGGAAUAGUGAUGAGCAUGAGUGGCUGAGACUCGGCUACUACGGCAUGUGUAUUGUCGGCGGCAAGCACAAGGACUGGUGCGUGACCACUACCGGCCGCUCUGGCAAAGACCUCGCAAAGGCCUUCAACAUCGAUACCAAGUACGCCCCGGACUUCGAUUAUCCCAGAAAGCUGCAGCGCGAUGUCUUCGUCGCUUUCCUCACCGCUGGCGGCGUUGUCUGGUUCAUCUCCCUCAUCCUCAUCACGUUUGUCAUCCUCAGAGGAUCUUCUGCCGGACGCCUGAUCCGCAGUGCAGCAAAGACUACUAGUCUUGCAGGCGCUACUCUGAUGGUGGCUAGUGCAUGGGCAACCAACUCGGCAGUCAGAGCAUUGGAGGUCGCAAGCACAAACUCCAUCAAGGGCGGUAAUCUGCUCUAUGGAUUGCAGUGGGUUGCUGCUGUCUUGGCCUUCAUCUACGCCUAUGUUGUCAGCUCCGUGGCCGACUCUGAGGACGGUGGAAAAGCUCACUACCUUGGACGUGGAGUAUAA